CUCGUUGAUUUGAGUGACAUCACCAGUUCCGUCCCAACACGGAAAUGUGCAAUAUUUGUUAUUAUAAUAUAGGAUGAGUUGUCUGGCAUGUUACAAGCAUUUGCUGAACCGUAGCAGUACUGUAAGUGACUGAGUAUGCCGCUGUGAAGUUUUUCCAGUACUUUGUGAUGAUGGCGUUUUGUUGGAGGAGUUUAGAGCCCGUUCGACCUUAGUGUAUAUUUACUGACACGGACCUAGAACACGCCGCAACUUCAAUCAAACACAGAGCUGUCAGAUUCAAGGAGAAAUUAUGGACUGGAAACAGUUGCUGCUGUUGUUGCUUAGCCUCGCUGGAAACGUGUCACAGUGUGAGGGAGGAAGUUCAGUCUCUCUCCCAGAAUCUUUGCUCUUUGUUUCUACAUUGGAUGGAAAUCUGCAUGCCGUCAGUAAACAGACCGGAGACAUCAAAUGGACACUAAAGGAAGAUCCCAUCAUACAGGUUCCUACCUAUUUCCAAGAGCCAGGCUUUCUACCAGAUCCCAGUGAUGGCAGUCUGUAUGUACUAGGAGGCAAGCGCAAAGAGGGUCUGAUGAAACUCCCGUUCACUAUUCCAGAACUGGUCCAGUCUUCUCCCUGCAGGAGCUCUGAUGGGGUGCUCUACACGGGUAAAAAACAGGACACUUGGUUUGUGGUUGAUCCUCAGACAGGUGAAAAACAGACAAGCCUGAGCACCUCCUCUUCAGACUCCAUUUGCCCCUCUGCCCCUCUGCUGUUCAUUGGUCGUACAGAAUAUAUGAUCACCAUGUAUGAUACGAAGACUCAGGAACUCCGCUGGAAUGCCACCUACAACGACUACUCCGCACCUCUCUAUGAUGACAAAAAAUAUGAAUAUAAGAUGUCACACUUUGCGUCCAGCGGGGACGGUCUGGUGGUUACGGUGGAUCGGGACUCUGGUGAGGUCUUGUGGAUGCAAAAGUUUGAGUCGCCAGUGGCAGGGUUUUACUUAUGGAGUCAGGACAGUCUGCGGCGAGCGCCUCAUCUGACGGUCGCAACAGAAACCCUGCGUUACCUCACCUUCACUGCAGAAAACACACAGUCCCACACCAUGAAGUGGAUGUACCACUUCACAAAGGAGAACCACAGCACUAAGACUCAGCUAGUUCCUACUCUCUAUGUUGGCAAGACAGACUCUCAUCUGUAUGCUUCUAGCUCUCUUGUGCACCAAGGUGUGGCAAUAGUGCCAAAAGGGCUCACUCUUGCACGCAUUGAGGGGCCAGUCACAGCAGAUGUCACAAUGGGUAAUGGGCGGCCUGAGUGUGAGAUCACACCCAGCACUGACGUGAAAUAUCCACCAGGAAGCAGCAAUUCUCUGCAGAAUCAUUGGUUGCUGAUUGGUCACCAUGAAAUCCCUCCUUUGGCUCACACCACCAUGCUGAGAGAUUUCCCAGAGAACCUGCAGCGCUCUGGUGAUGUCAUCCCACCUCGAGGUUCUGGUUCUUCUUUCCGUUCUCCAUCUCACCCAUUGCCACCGGUAACAAAGCACAGCUCUUCCCCCGUGUUGCCAGACUCCCUGACCUCUGACCCCAUGACCGUGCUGGUGGUGACACUGCUGCUGGGAGCGUGGAUUGCCUUCCUAACCCACAAAAGGCCUGUCAAAAAAUCCCAAAGAUCUGAAGAGCCAGUGGAUUCCAACCCUCUGCCGGUGUUGACCAAUCAGAGCACUAACACAGAACCAAAUGCUCCGCCCUCAACUUCAUCUUACAACAACCACAGCCAUUCAGAGAAGACUAGUUCUGUUGCAUCCAAUCAAACUCAGCCAUUCUCAAGCAAAGACUCCACCCCAGUAACGACAGCUGGCCAAUCACAGAGUGAACAGCCUGAUGUUGUGGAAGUUGGUAAAAUCUCUUUCAGCCCUGCUGAGGUGUUGGGCCAUGGGACAGAAGGAACCUUUGUGUUCAGGGGUCAUUUUGACGGUCGACGUGUGGCGGUAAAGCGCAUCCUUCCGGAGUGUGUGGAGUUUGCAGAGCGAGAGGUUCAGCUUCUGCGUGAAUCAGACGAGCAUCCCAAUGUCAUCCGUUACUUCUGUACAGAGCGGGACAGACAGUUCACUUACAUCGCCAUAGAGCUGUGUGCCGCUACACUGCAGCAGUAUGUGGAGGACCCAAGCUGUCCUUAUUCAGACCUGAACCCAGUGUCCCUGCUUGACCAGACUAUGUGUGGCCUCAGUCACCUGCACUCCCUCAAUAUUGUUCACAGGGAUUUAAAGCCACGGAAUAUUUUACUCUCUCUCCCGGGUGCAUUGGGUCGAGUCCGGGCGGUGAUCUCAGAUUUCGGCUUGUGUAAGAAGCUUCCAGAUGGUCGCCAUAGUUUCAGCCUACGCUCUGGAAUACCAGGAACCGAAGGCUGGAUUGCCCCUGAAUUACUCAUAAAUGCUCCAAAAGGGAACCCUACAAGUGCUGUGGAUAUAUUUUCAGCCGGAUGUGUGUUUUAUUAUGUGACGUCCAAAGGACAGCAUCCGUUUGGUGAUACUCUGCGGCGUCAAGCUAAUAUCCUUUCUGGAGUCUAUAACCUCGACCACUUUAUGGAGGACAUACAUGAGGAUGUGAUUGGCAGAGAUCUGAUUGAGCGGAUGAUCAAUGCUGAACCAGAAAUGCGUCCCUCAGCAGCGUCUGUCCUCAAACAUCCCUUUUUCUGGAGCCCAGAGAAACAGCUGCAGUUCUUUCAGGAUGUCAGUGACAGAAUAGAGAAGGAGCCGGCAGACAGCGCCAUAGUGGCCCGUCUGGAGAGCUCUGGCAGAUUUGUUGUAAGAACUAACUGGAGGAUGCACAUAUCGCCACCACUGCAGGCUGAUCUUAGAAAAUUUCGUACAUAUAAAGGAAACUCUGUGAGAGACCUGCUUAGAGCAAUGAGAAAUAAAAAGCAUCAUUAUCAUGAGCUCCCACCAGAGGUUCAGACAGCUCUCGGUGAAGUCCCUGAUGGCUUCGUGGUAUAUUUUACCUCUCGUUUCCCCCGGUUACUGCUUCACACGCAUUCAGCUCUUAGCAUCUGUGCCCCCGAGAGACUCUUUCACCCAUACUACCACCACUGAACAUCCACAGAGACAUGCUUGUUUGUUCCUACACUGGACUGGAGAGGAAAUGUAAGAUCCUUGAGGAAACAGAGACCUCGAGGACUCAGCUAAACACUGUCGAUGUAUAAUUCUGUACUUCAGGACUGUGAGCACAUCUCGUUGUAGAACACCACUGACAGUUUUCUCCUAAACAGCCUACUAGGCUUGCUGAGCAAAAUUACCUAGGUUUUUAUGCCUAUGCUUUUAUAGGUUAGAUUAACCAAAAAAGUUACUGAGUGUAUUAAAGGGCUUUUACAGAGCUGCCAUUGUUUGCUGCUGGUUUUAUGAUGUGAACCAAAUAGCAAAGAAAUAAAAGGCCAUAUUUUCUGAUGAGUUGACAUCGGCCAAUAGAUUGGCACAUGUUCUACCAUUUCUGUCAGUUUUGGUUAUUUUAAUUCUGACUUUUAACACACAAGAUUACUGAAUCGCCAACUGACUACUUAUAUUCUUAAUAGGUAGAAAGUUAAGUAUUUUCAUACUAAAGACAUGGUUUCUUAAAGUUAUAGUUCACCGGUUUCAAAAUGCCAGGUUACAUGCUUAAAGAACGAUAAAAGCCAGAAAAACUUCCACUGAUAUUUGCAGAUAUAUGACGAUAUUUGAUUAUUAGUGGACAAAAAAACAAAAAUACUAGUUUGUCUGUGUCAUAUUGUACACUAAGUGUACAUGUAUUUGUGUGAUUCAGAUACACUGGAACUGGGAUAUUUUGCUGUUGAUUUUGCUUUGUGUGGUUUUAAUUGCAGCUUCGUGCUACAUUUAUGGAUCUUUUUCCACCACACAUUGCAGCUUCAUUCUCAUCUCUGUGAUGUUACAGCUGAGAGUGUUACAGCUUUAAAAGACAAAAAUUGUGAAGUAUUUUACAGCCUGCUGGACUCUAGUUUUAUACUGCUAGUUUAAAUAAUAUGUCUUUUUAUAAAUUAAGUGUUGAGGAUUUUUGCCACUGGAAAUAUUCACUGAAUGUGCCUUUGUUUUUCUGUCCAGUGAAGAUUAAAUGAAUUUGCCAAAACAUCUUUGUAAAAGUGGGACAGAUCAAAAACUGCUAUACUUGAUUCAGAUUAAUGUUGUUGCGGACAUGUUUGUUAUGGAUUUCCAUUGGACAAAAUAAUGAUUAUUUCAGGUGGUAUUGACACACUGUUAAUUACAAGAUACUUUGAAGAAUACUGUGAUAUUACCAUUUUUCAUGUACAACAAUGUGGUAGUGCUGUGAUACUUUUAUGUGCCAUUUUACUACAGGAUCUACAACACAUGUAACUACAUGAAAAAUGUUUUGAACCUAAAAAUGAAACUUUUUUUAUACUGAUUUGUGCCCUGCAGAACAGUCUGGACAGUGAUAUAAUCUUGCUUUUUGUUUUGAGCACAAAACAAACCUAAAUAAACAGUACGUUUAAGCAUUUGAUUUC